ACACCGCAGACAAACUCUUUUGCUUUAAUGAAAGGAAUGCGUCUAGGUUUAGAGUUUCUUUUCAGUCCGUGUCGUUGUUUCUUUGCCAGCGUUAGAGGACAGUGACAUUCAUUGAAACUUGUUGCAUGGGUGACAGCGACUGUGCGCGUGGAGAAAAGAAAAAAGUUGGACUAAUUUGCUGUCAGGCAGGAGGUUGUUUUUGCAACUCCGGCAGACUCCAGAAAUUAAUUUAUCCAAAUAACCAAGUCCUCCUGGGCCGUGGAGGUUGGGAUGCUGAAAUCGGCCCUGGUGCUUGCAGGAGGGCCUGAACUAAUUUCACUUGUUGCUUUGCUGCAUAAAAGUGAGCGUCCAUGGAGGAGAAGCUCCGGUGCAUAUCCAUGUCGAGACACUCACCAGUCACCGCCUGAAGCAGUAAUCGGACAACUCCUCAAAUACGACAGAGUCUCCUGAGGAACCGCGCGGGGCUCGAUGGGUUCCAACACCUAAAAUGAAAAAGAAAAAAGCGGCCUUGUAGUUUAAUCACGCCGCCGCUUCCACCGUGUCUAAGGAAACGCCUGCUGUCUCUCCUCCUGGACUGCACGGCGUUUCUCUACAAGAUUUCUCCUUUUUAAGUGUAGAUCUAAGAGGGGACACACACACUGGGAUUCACCUAGAAUUGUAGUCUAUGGAAAUGCAGGAUCUAGCCAGUCCUCACAGCCGAGUAAGUGGAAGCAGCGAAUCUCCUAAUGGUCCCAGCCUCGACAACUCGCACAUCACUAACAAUUCCAUGACACCCAAUGGCACUGAAGGUGAUAACAUCACAAUGCUUACCACUGCAGACUGGUUGUUAGGUUCUAGCUCACAGUCUACAGCAGUAAAGACAGAGCCAAUGAGCAGCAGCGAAAUCGCUUCCUCAGUCACAGACGCUCUGGACAGCUUCUCAGGAUCAGCUAUUGGAACCAGUGGCUUCAGCCCAAGACAAACUCACCAGUUCUCUCCACAGAUUUACCCUUCCAACAGGACAUAUCCGCAUAUUCUCCCCACUCCUUCGUCUCAGAACAUGGCUGCGUACGGGCAGACGCAGUACACCACAGGAAUGCAGCAGGCCGCAGCGUAUGCUAGCUACCCUCAGCCUGGACAGCCCUACGGCAUCCCAGCUUACGGUCCAUUGUGGGCAGGCAUAAAGACCGAGGGGGGUCUGAGCCAGUCCCAAUCCCCGGGACAGACGGGCUUCCUGAGCUACAGCUCCGGCUUCACCACGCCGCAGACGGGACAGGCCCCCUACAGCUACCAGAUGCAGGGGGGAUCUUUCACAACAACGUCAGGGUUGUAUGCAGGGAACAACUCUCUGACAAACUCCACGGGCUUCAACAGCACACAACAGGACUACCCCAGCUAUCCCGGCUUCGGCCAGGGUCAGUACACGCCGUAUUACAACAGCUCACCCUACACUUCACCCUACAUGACGAGUAACAACACCAGCCCCAGCACGCCCUCCACCACCACCACCACGUACACCCUCCAGGAGCCUCCCGCUGCCAUCACCAGCCAAGCUCUCACCGACCACCCUGCAGGAGAGUACAGUACCAUCCACAGUCCAUCAACCCCCAUUAAAGAUUCAGAUUCAGAUCGAUUGCGCCGGGCCUCGGAUGGAAAGUCACGUGGCCGUGGCAGAAGGAACAACAACCCAUCACCGCCGCCCGACUCUGACCUUGAGCGAGUUUUCAUCUGGGACCUGGAUGAAACAAUCAUCGUUUUCCAUUCCUUGCUCACGGGUUCUUAUGCCAACAGAUACGGACGGGACCCUCCAUCAUCUGUGUCAUUAGGUCUAAGAAUGGAAGAAAUGAUCUUCAACUUGGCCGACACGCACUUAUUCUUCAACGACUUGGAGGAAUGUGACCAGGUGCACAUUGAUGAUGUCUCUUCUGACGACAACGGCCAGGAUUUGAGUACGUAUAACUUCGGCGCUGAUGGUUUCCACGCAGCAGCCACUAGUGCCAACCUGUGUCUGGCCACCGGCGUGCGCGGAGGCGUGGACUGGAUGAGAAAACUGGCCUUCCGCUACAGACGAGUAAAAGAAAUCUACACCACCUACAAAAAUAACGUCGGAGGUCUGCUGGGCCCAGCCAAAAGGGAAGCCUGGUUGCAAUUGCGAGCAGAAAUCGAAGCCUUGACAGACUCCUGGUUAACACUGGCACUGAAAGCACUAACGCUCAUCCACUCAAGGUCCAACUGUGUGAACAUCCUGGUGACCACCACGCAGCUCAUCCCCGCUCUGGCAAAGGUUCUGCUCUAUGGCUUGGGAACCGUCUUUCCUAUAGAGAAUAUUUAUAGUGCAACCAAAAUAGGGAAGGAAAGCUGUUUUGAGAGAGUAAUUCAAAGGUUCGGGAGGAAAGUUGUUUACAUUGUUGUUGGAGACGGUGUGGAAGAGGAGCAGGGCUCGAAAAAGCACAACAUGCCCUUCUGGAGGAUUUCCAGCCACUCAGACCUCAUGGCCCUCCACCAUGCUCUGGACCUGGAGUACUUGUAGCACUACGUCGCCGUCCUACACCCCUCUGCGCCUCAGCACAUCAAACAACCUUUCACCUUCACCCUCCAGGCCUGCUUGCCCUCCCACCUCCCUCUCCUCCUGCGGCUCGCCCCCGUACUGCCUGGCAUGUGUCUUUCACUACAAAAACGAAGAAGAGGAGAGUGGAACAAAGAAGCAGGCGGUUAAUGUGCUGACAUACUGUCGCACGUCGUCUUAAACCUAAACUUUUUCCUCUCCUGCGAAGCGAAGGAGAGAGGGGAAUUUACGGCGCAGCAGCUGCUUGCCCUGAUUACUGUGAAUCGGCUGCUUUCUGAAGCUGUCGACGUGUUUUACCACACACACACACACACACACACACACACACACACACACACACACACACACACACACACACACACACACACACACACACACCCAACAGCCCCUUCACUUGCUCAUGCCGGGACUCUGUCAGGGUUCACACCUCGGAGGGGAGCAGAGCUACCGACGACCUCGCCUUCCUCGCCACAGAACUCAGCAAACACCUCCCUACCCCUCUCCUGCUCCACCUUUACCUGCUUCUAAAGCCCCCCCUCGGCGGGACAGUGGACGUCCCGUGCUUCUUAUUUAUGAACGAACACUCUGUGAGCGCGCCGCGGAGAAGGUACCCCCACGACAAAAAGACUCGUGCCUUUUACCAAGUACUGUUGAUUUCCACCGCAGCAAGAGGAAGGCCUCUACGGAGGACGCAGGAAUAAAAAAGGAUUUUUUUUCUAAUAAUUUAAGAAAAUGAACAAAAAAAACUAUUUACGAAGCUGAGACAAUCGUGUACAGAGGAAAUCUUUUACUGUGUGUGUGUGUAAGUUUGUAAUCACUGGACUAUUCCUUCCUAUAAUCAUUUGCUCUUGAAAGGAGGCAUUGCUUUUUUCAUUGAAGUACAGCAUCACAAAAGCUGAGUUUAAUUAAACAAAUGUGUAGAAAUCUGGAUUUCGUGAUCAUUUUCUCAAGACCAAAAGCACGGAUGUCGAGUGUCAAGGACCUGGUUUCCUCAGUAAAAUUCUGUCACAUCUUUGUAUUAAGUAACCGGGUUUUUUCUUUCUACUCUCCGUCCUCGUGGCAUUUCAGCAGCCUGCAGCUCUGACCCCGUGUGUUCGGAGGCAAGCAUAAAUCUGAUAAGACUUUCAGAACGGGGCAGCUCCCUCUAUCAUGAAUUUGGAUAAAUCUGAUAUUUAAAAAACGAGCUUGGAUAGGUUUUAUUAUCUUUCAUACGAGCACUAUAAAAAGAACUUGUACACCAAGCGUAAUUUUGUAUGAUGUCGUGUUUUUAUUUUCAGCGGAGACUCCAUGACAAGCAGCGAGAGCAAAGCCACUAAACGUCGAGGGGUUUGUGAACUUACAGGACAUUUGUGCUAUCAACUGUGAAUUUCUUAAACAGGAACCGACUCGUUUCUAACCUUCACCCCCCUCCCCUGUACAUGACCGCUGUCGGCCAUUGCGCUCCAGUUCAAGCCCCUGUCUUCUCUAACAGAGUCAACAUCCCCCUCUCUCCGGGGUUCUCUACAUGUUGCUGCUAGAUCAAGGUAAUGCCUGAUUUAUACGUCUCCGAGAGCUCUGCGUCGGAGACGCACACAUAGAGUGUCAGAAAGGUUUUCACACGCGAACUUCUGCGAAGGCAGCGGAGCGUUGCAAAGCAAUUCCCCGCCUGGACAACAGAGGGCGUAGUGCUUUUCUGUGGUAUCCUGCCACCAUAACGCUCAUGUAUCCGGUCCACAAUAGUGUAUUUGCUAAUGUGUUUAGUCUUCAUUCUCCAACUCUUCAUGCGGUGCAUGACAUUUCCCGUCAUUUCCGUCCACGUUGGCUACGUAAUUUGUACUCGUUCAGUCGCGGGUGAAUAAACGUUCAAAUUUUUGAACUUUUUCCACGAUGCCUUCUUCAACCUGUUCUUAGUCUGCCGCUAAAUCUCGUUCUACUUUUUAAUGGUACAACUGCGGUGAUGAAUUUACAGGAAGCGGCGUCCUGACCAAUCACAAGCUUGCAGUCUCUUGUCACCUUCAUGUUUAAAAUUUUGGGCAUGUCUCCAUCACCCUCUGCGAGGCUGUCGGGAGAGCCUUUGCGCUGACGCAUAAUAGCGUUGCUCGUCUCCGCUCCGGCGCAGGCGGAGAAGUAUAAAUCAGGCUUAAGGUCAGUAGGGGAAAUGUUUUAUAGAUUCAUAAGGCACGCCUUUUUUAUGAUUAUUUUGUUGCAUCAUAAAUGCAAACUGGAAAUAAUUUACACUUCAUGGGCCUCAUUGUGAAAACGCAAAAAGAUGUGUCUGCAAAAUAUGUGUACAGAUGUUUUUGACAUUAUUAUUUGAUUGUGUUUAAAUUAAUAAAACUGAUUUGUGAACUGUU